GGCAGCAGCUGCUGUUUUCACAUAAAUACACAGGCACACAGGUCUGAAUGGUAAAAGGAAGGUAAACCCGGCUUCAAAAUCGCCUUUUACAGCGGAAUGUUCACUCGAAGGGGUUAUGGAGACGUCAAGAAAUCUACACAGAAAGUUCUGGACCCAAAGAAGGAUGUUUUCACUCGUCUGAAGCAUCUGCGCGCGCUGUUAGAUAUUAAUGACAAGAAUGAAUUGAAGAUAUUCUUUGAUACCAACUGCUCACAGAUUUAUUUUAUCUUCUAUGAAAAUUUCAUUACACUGGAAAGUAACUUAAAGCAAAAAGGGAACAAAUCUCAACGGGAGGAGCUGGACUCCAUCCUCUAUAUUUUUGAAAAAAUUCUGCAACUUCUACCUGAGAGAAUCAACAGCCGAUGGCAGUUUCACAGUAUAGGUUCUAUUCUCAAAAAACUUUUGCACACUGGAAAUUCUUUCAAGAUCCGCUGUGAGGGCAUGCGUCUGUUCUUGCUCUGGCUACAAGCUCUGCAGAAUAACUGCGCUGAAGAGCAGCUCCUCAUCUUCGCCUGUCUGAUCCCAGGAUUCCCUGCUGUACACUCAUCCAGAGGACCCUGCACACUGGACACCAUCAUAUACAACCCCUUCUCCAACCCACCUGACGCCAAGAUUGUACCAGAGGAGAUCACCCCACUGGUGCCUGCAGUUCCUGGAGAGAAGGUGACAGAAGACCACACCUGCUCCAUCCUUCAAAUUGUUCUUAAGUUCAUGGUUCUCCAGGCUUCCAGCUUGGAUUGGAGAAACAAAGAGAACCAGGACACAGGAUUCAGGUUUCUGUUCUCCCUCUUCAAGAAGUACUACCUGCCUCAUAUCUUCCCCUCUUUCACAAAACACACCAACAUCUACAAGCCACAGUUAGAUCUUCCCAUUCACAGACCAAAGCCCCUCUAUGUCCCUGUGACACGCAACAACGAGAGCACGUACUGCACCAGGGAUCAGUAUCUGGCUCCCCGCGUGGCCUUCAUCAGGUGGCUCGUCAACUUCUUCCUGGAGAAGAAGUAUGUGACCUCCACAACAAGCAGCUCCAAGAAUGGAGGAGAAGUCCUACCUAAGAUCAUCCAGACUGUGACUGCAGGCAGUAUCAGUCAGGAGAAGGGCUUAGACUCUGAUCCCAAUGGUCCUGUGGAACAGGAGAAGAAUCACUCAAACAGCAGCACAUUGUCAGAUCGCAGGGGCAGCAACUCCAGUCUGUGCAGCAUUGAGGAGGAACAUCGAGCCGUCUACGACCUGGUGCAAUCCAUACUGCUUUCCACACGAGACAACGUCAACUUCAUCAAUGAGGUCUUCCAUCAGGCCUUCUUGCUGCCGUCCUGUGAAGCUUCAGCCACCCGCAAGGUAAUUAAAGUCUACAGGAUGUGGAUUCUGCAGGAGAAGCCUACUUUCAUGAAUGAGCCUGAGACAAGUGGGCAGGAGGAAGACACAGAGGAAGAGCACCUUGUCUCUGAGACGGACAGCGUACACAUGCAGGCAAUGGAGACUCAUGGGCAUAAAAGAUCGUCCAGUUGGGGGCGCACUUACUCCUUCAGCAGCGCCAUCAGCAGAGGCUGUCUGACUGAGGAAAAGCACCAGGAUGUGAAGGCUGGCAUCCAGCCCACCCUGCAGGUUUUCCUUACUAACUCCGCUAACGUGUUCCUGUUGGAGCCAUGUCAAGAUGUGCCCAAACUGCUGGAAAACCAGUUGGAGGUGUGCCGAGCUGUGCUCAGUGUCUACCGCCACAUCAUCAUGGAGCAAAACAUGAACCGCCAGACCUGGGAGCAGUUGCUGCAGGUGUUGUUGAAGAUUACAGAAGCAGUGAUGAAGAGACCACAGGAGAACCAAAGAAAAGAUGCUUUCGCUCAUAGUCUGGCCAGCGUCCUCUUCAAAACAAUCUUUGUGGCAUGGGUUCGGGCCAACUUGACUGUGUUUAUAUCCCGUGAGUUAUGGGACGAGCUGCUGGCUGUGCUGUCCUCUCUCAGCCACUGGGAGGAGCUAGUGUUUGAGUGGGCCAGCAUAAUGGACGCUCUCACUGCAGUUCUGGCCCGUUACGUCUACGGUCUGGACCUCCACAACCUACCACUGGACAAACUCUCAGAGCAGAAGGAAAAGAAGCAGCGUGGCCGGGGAGGGAUGCAGGACUCCCAGAAGGCUGCAGAAGCUGCUCGGUCAUUCUCCUUAAGCUGGAGGAACUCGGGAGACCAGGUUGGAGCUCAAGAACCUAUGAGGUUCCGCAGUGCCACCACCACUGGAGCUCCUGCUGUAGAGAAAGCCCGCAACAAUGUCCGACAGAAAGCAUCAGCUAAGCGAAGCCAGUCUAUCAGCAACUGUGUGCAUCUUUGUGAGGCUUUGCCGGCCACUAAGAGUGUGCCCAUGCUGCUACACACUGUCAGCUCUUUCUUACCUGGUAUCUCUCACAACUCUCACUGCUCUCACAGACUCUCAGACGUGGAGGAGUGUCAGCUGUCUGAAUGUGAAAUGGGGGAUGGAGACAGUCCUCUUCCCCGCAGCAGCAGCACCUCUGACAUCACACAGCAGAUCAGUGACAUCUUUCCAGGUCAGAAGAGAGAUGAUUCUCUAAACCCGGGCAGAGUGUGUGUGUCAGAGAGCAGCUCUACAAGGAAAGGUGACACUCCCAUGAUUCUGAUCCAACGGAGCAGCAGUCAAGCUGAUUUGGAUUAUCCAGCAGAUGGAGCUCCCUCAUUCCAGGAAACUAAAAUGCGUGAGAAAAGUGAGAGUGUGAGCAGUGAGGCGUCUAAUGGUUAUGUGAAUGAUGCUGAGGUGGGUCUGCUGGCAUGGAAUGUGGUUGAGGAGGAGCCAGACUCUCCCUCUCCUCGUGACAUCAGCGUGAGUGUGACCCUGGAUACAGAGAGCCAGAGAAGCCUCCUGCUCAGCCACACUGAUGCUCUGGCAGGGUCUCCUCACUGUCCCCCAGUCUCUCCGGCUCUUCUCCUGCCUCAUGGGUGCUGUGAGGGCCCUCAGCUCCUGGAGGACGCCAUGAACAUGUCUCGCCAUCUUGACAGCAGUGAGUUUCUGGCUGAUGACAUUAGCAUCAUUGCUGGUGGUAGUUUGACUGGCUGGCACGCUGACUCUGCCUUCGUUCUCUGGAGGAGGAUCCUUGGGAUUCUGGGUGAUGUGAACAGCAUCCGCUGUGCUCGCAUUCAUGCCAAGGUCUUCAGUUAUCUCUAUGAGCUCUGGCACAAACUGGCAAAGAUCAGAGAUAACCUUGGGAUUAGAGUGGAUACGGAACCAGCCAUGGCCAGACCCUUAUUCUUCCCUCCUUUACGUAUGUUGGCUUCCUGGCUGUUCAAGGCUACCAUGCUGCCAUCAGAGUUCAAGGCUGGGAAGCUACAGGCAUAUAAACUGAUCUGUGAGAUGAUGACCAAACAUCAAGAUGUGCUGCCUAACAGUGACUUCCUGGUUCAUCUCUAUCAUGUCAUGCACAAGGGCUUCACAAGUGAUGAUCAGGAUGUGUUGAACACGAUGAUCAGGUGGUGUUCCCCACGAUUUUUCUUCCUGGGUCUGCCAGGCUUCACCAUGCUGGUGGGUGACUUCAUCACCGCAGCUGCUCGUGUACUCAACACUGAAUCAUUUGAGGCUCCACGGAUCGAGGCUCAGACGGUUCUUGGUUCCCUGGUGUGCUUCCCUAACCUGUAUCGACAGAUACCAUCUUUGCUGUCUGUUCCCGGAUCUGAGGAUAUUAUGGUUGGCAAAGAGGACAUGAAGGACUAUCUUGUAAACAUCCUUAUAAAAACUGCACGCAAUGAGACAUAUGAAGGAGCCAGGUGUGUAGCGAUUUGCAGUCUAGGGCUGUGGGUGUGUGACGAACUGGGUCGGACAGAAACCCACCAUCAGGUGAAGGAUGCCAUUAACGUCCUGGGUGUCACAUUGAAGUUUGGCAAUAAGGUGGUGGCCAAUGUAGCCUGUGACAUCUUUCAACUGCUGAUCUCUCACUGGCAGCACUUAAAGAGACUGGAUCAGUCCCUUCCCAAAAGAAUUAUAGAGAUUUUUGUUGCAACCAUUGCAUUUCUUCUGCCCAGCGCUGAACACUCAACUGUUGAGGCAGAUAAAAAGUUAAUGGUGUCUCUGCUGCUGUGCCUGCUGGACUGGUGCAUGGCCGUACCUCUCUUUAUCUUACUGGAGCCCAUCACUAUGCCUGUGCUUGAUGACCCCACCUCGCAGAAAGCCCCUCUACUCGACUACAUUUACAGGGUGCUGCACACUUGUGUAUCAGGGUCUCACCUGCAUACUCAACAGAGUCACUACCUCCUCAGUCUGUCGGACCUGUCCUCAGACUAUGACGCAUUCCUUACUUUAGGCCAUGUGAAGAGUUUUGAGCCGCCCCCUGUACACAAUGCCAUGGGAGACUUUGGAAAUCUCCUCACUGUGGCUGAAGAAAAGAAAAGGAGGAGUAUGGAGCUGAUUCCUCUGACUGCGAGGAUGGUAAUGACACACCUGGUCAAUCAUUUAGGCCACCAUCCUCUCAGCGGUGGCCCUGCACUCUUAAACAGCCUGGUGAAUGAGAACCACGACAACCCUUACGUAGAGUCCUCCGAGCUCUCGUCUGAAGUCUUCAAGAGCCCCAAUCUGCAGCUCUUUGUUUUUAAUGACAGCACGCUAGUCUCCUACCUGCAAAUCCCCUCUGACAAUUCCAGCACAGCUCCGGCUAGUGCCAAUCCCAGGGACUAUUCCUCAGAGGUGCGUGUCAUAGUUCGGGACAUUUCGGGGAAGUACUCGUGGGAUGGUGGUGUUCUGUACCAGAUUUUGGAUGGAGGUGAGUCGUCUAGCAUCACCAACCGCUCUGCUGCUGUGUCCAAUCAAAGCUCCAUCCGCUCCAGUAAAUGCUCCUCUGAGGUUGAAAUGGAAGAUGGAGUUGAUGUGUUAGACCAGCUACUGGAAGAUCUGGGCCAGAGCAGCCCAGAGUGCCUGCCACAGCCCCAGCUGAGACUCACCCAACCACCGUCUCCACCCAUGGGCAUGAACCCUGAGAUGGAAGGACUCAUCGUGGAUGCGAUCCACAGACAGACACAGCAGGAGGAUGAGGAGCUUGCGCAGAGACAGAGUAAAGACCCCAGCAUCAGAGCAGCCUGCCAGAGAGAGCCCACACACCAGGAGCCAAAAUCUCCCUUUUACCUUUGCAGACUUCUGCUUAAUGACCUCGGCAUGAACUCAUGGGACAGCAGAAAAAGCUUUCAUCUUUUAAAGAAGAACUCUAAGCUGUUGAGGGAGCUCAAGAAUUUGGACUCAAGGCAGUGUCGAGAGACACACAAGAUCGCUGUUUUCUAUAUUGGAGAAGGUCAAGAGGACAAAUGCUCCAUUCUGUCCAACACAGAGGGGAGUCAGGCUUAUGAGGACUUUGUCUCUGGUCUGGGCUGGGAGGUUGAUCUAGCCACUCACUGUGGGUUUAUGGGUGGUCUGCAGAGGAAUGGCAGCACUGGUAACACAGCCCCUUAUUAUGCUACCUCCAACGUGGAGGUUAUCUUCCACGUGUCGACUCGGAUGCCCUCUGACUCAGAUGACUCCAUCACCAAAAAGCUUCGUCACUUGGGAAACGAUGAAGUUCACAUAGUGUGGUCGGAGCACACGCAGGAUUAUAGACGAGGAAUCAUCCCCACCGACUUUGGAGACGUCCUCAUCAUCAUCUACCCAAUGAAAAACCACAUGUUCUUCAUUCAGAUCAUGAAGAAACCACAGGUUCCUUUCUUUGGGCCUCUGUUUGAUGGGGCGAUAGUCACUGGAACACUGCUGCCCAGUCUGGUGCGGGCCACAUGCAUUAACUCGAGCAGGGCUGUGAAGUCUCGACUGCCACUCUACCAGAGUUUUUAUGAAGAGAGGGCUCUCUAUCUGGAGGCCAUCAUUCAGAACCACAAGGAGAACAUGACCUUUGAGGAUUUUGCUGCCCAGGUCUUCUCCCCUUCCCCCAGCUACUGGCCAACAGGAGGUGCAGGUUCCCUCAGCUGCAGCACGAGCGUUGACCUCAGUGUUACUGUGACAACCAAUGACUCCAGCGACCAGGUCUCACCCACUAUGCCGCGCGCUUCUAAGAACCGGGUUUCCGGAAAGCUCCGCCGUUCAGCCAGCGCCAUCAGCAAGUCCUCCAACUAAACACUUUCUCUCACCGAUAACCACUUCUCCAACCCCUGUCAGAUUGUAAUGUCCUUAAAGAAAUAUUCCAGGUUCAAUACAAGUUGAGCUCAAUCGACAGCAUUUGUAGCAUAAGAUUGAUUACCACAAAACGUAUUUUCCACUUGUUUUUAAAAUUCACGGAUACGGUAAGGCAUGUACACUGGAAGUGAACUGGGCCAGUCCAUUAACAUUAAAAUACACACUGUUUCCAAAAUAUAGCAACAUGACAUAAACAUUAUACAUGUUAACAUGAUUCUAGUGUGAUCAAAUAUCUGUUUUAAAUUAUUCUAGAUUACCAUCAUUGUGUCUUCAUUGCAGCAAAGUUGUGAUAUUGGAUUUAACUUUACACUUAUAAAGUUAAGUGAUUUUAGCACAUUAAAAUCAUGUUAACCCAUAUAAUGUUUACAUCUUGGUUAUACUUUUGAUGUGUCUUUUAAUGUUUGUGGACUGUCCCCAUUCACUUCCAUUUUAAGUGUCUUGCUGUAAUCACAAUUUUUGCUUCUUUUUUAAAUAAACGAGGGACGAGUUUAAAAUAUUUUUGUGGUAAUCAAUAAAAUGCCACAAAAGCUGUCAAAUGUGCUAAACUUUUAUUGAACUCUGAAUUUUCUGUGUGGAUGAAUGUAAUAUUUAUCUGUAGGUUCUUUAAGACCUGUAAUUGAAAUAUGUUUUGAUUAUUUCUUUCUUCCAAACGUUCUAAAGUUUGCUUUUAAUUGUUUUCUUAUUUUUUAGCUUAGUAUCAUUGAAAGAUGCAACUGCUGUCACAAUAAUGUGGUGCUUCACUAUUAGUUUAGAAAGAUCUAAACUUCAUUGAAAGCUGAUUAUCAGCCAAGAGAAUUGGAAGCAAUUCUAUAAAUGUGAAAUUCAUUACACUUGAAUCCAAGAAACCAUUUAGAUAGUAAUGCCACAUUUGGUAUGCAUUUACACAUUCAAAUCUGCAUAUCAGCAUAUCCUCCCACAAACAUCCUUAUGACGUAGUGACCGGUAAAAUGUUGAAAAUGUGGAACCCAAGGCAUUAGCUAGUUUUCUUCAGGCUCUGUAAUGCUCUCCCCAGAUUGUCUAGAGAGGAGACAAUGUCCUAACUUAUCUAAAUAUGUUGUGUUAUCUAUGUCAAACACUGAAAACUGAACCAAUGACACUGAUGGGAGUAUGCUAAAUGUCUGCGGAGAUUUUUUAUAUUUGUGCUUGGAACUGAUGCACAUGUUCUUAGAGUACUUUGGGCCAGUCAUAUGCCAGCCAUAGAAAAUACUGACAUUUUCGAAUAACACUGAUUAAGUCCUCAUGACCUCUGUUUUCAUAAGCUCAAGAGUAUUUCCCAGUAUUCUUUCAGAGCUAUUCUCAGAGACUGCUUUUAAUACUAAUGUGUAUAUCCGAGCGGACAAUCAGUGACAUCUUUCAAUCUAAGGCCACAUCCACACUAAUCCGAUUUCAGUUUUCUAAUGUCGUCGUUUUCCAAAGAAUGUGGCAAUGGAGAAGCUUUUCCAAACGCUCCAUUUUCGGUGGAGCUAAACGGUGAUCUAGUGUGGAUGAGAGGUGUAACCAUAAAGAAAUUAAUGCAUUUUUUAAAACUUAUUAGUGUGGAUGUGGCCUAAAGCAGACUGCAAUGAGCUUGUUUUGUUUUUGUUGUUAUUUACUUUUAAACGACUCAUGUGAUAAUUUUAUGGGCUUGAUUUUUGCAAUGAAAGACUCCUGUCAUCAAUGAUUAUGUCAAAGUGGAGCAUAUAGCUGUCAUUCUUAAUCUGUGAAUUGAGCACGUCCCACUCCUGUAAAUCUACUCUUAACAUUCCGAUGUUCUCUUAUGAUGGUGUGAUUUUGCACUCGGUGGUAAAGAUAGCGCAGAUGAAUGUUUAUUUUCUUCCCUCUGUGUUUGGAUGUACAUUGCUUUAAUUUUGAUUUGAUGAUAUAGGCCUAUAUGUUUUUUCAUGUUGUAUAUAAUAUCUGCCAUCGUAAUGUAAUGUAAACCUGACUUAAUAGAGGAACUAGAUGAAAAUGCCUCCAGAGCCUCAGGUAAAUCUGAAUGCCAUGCACUGUGUGUGUGUGUGUGUGUGUGUGGGGGCAGCUGUUAACAGUGCCUGUGUAAUACCUGUCCGUACUUUCUCUUUUGCCGACUGGAAUGAUUCUGUGUUGUUUUUUUUUUUGUUAUCUCCAACUUUAAAUGCUCCCACUCUUACUAGCCUCAUCUUUUCCCUACGAGCUGCACAAGUCUUUUGUGAUCAGCCUUUACAUUUCAGUGAAGUAAAUUGAAUGAGAUUGUCUGUGUUUUGUAAGAGCUGCUUCUGUCUGAUUAGAUGCUGGAUGGGGGUCCUUUUCCACCUGAUUCCCACGUGCCUCUCUGAGUGCCCUUUACCGUACCAGCAGCAUGCCAGCGCUUCUCUCCUGUCACUCAUUCUUUCUCCCCACAGCAGUCGGCAGCCUGGCGCUUGCCAACGCCCCGCCGCCCACUCUCUGUUCCUGUAGAGACCCGGCCUGGUUGCCAUGGAGGCCAGGUGUUACACACACUGUAAGCUCCACCCAAGCUGCAACAGGACACGUUGCACUACUUUGCCUUACCUGUACACUUCUCUCUUUUGUUGUUAUUCUCUUUUAAAUGGUCUUGCUUUGCUUGUUACUUUGUUCUAUUUACUUCCCAUUUCUGAUAAGUAACAGAGGAAGCUGAUCUUUGAGUCUGCCCUGAAUGAAAAAUGUUGAAGAAUGUAUGCAAAUCGGCAGCCCAAAUCCAAGCCACAACCUUACCUGUGUAACUUAAGAGAGCUACAUCACAUAAUGUAUCUCAGAAAUGAAAUGGGCUGUCUGUCUUUUGGUUUAACAUACUGAUGUAGUCCUUGCCAGGGAAUAGUUUUAUUGGAACUGGCCUAACUCAAGUUUAAUGACAAAAUGUUGGUCGUAGAUUUUGUUGUUUGCCUUGCAUACUGUGUUGUUUUUGUUUUUUUUGAAUGCUCUAAAUUCUGAAGGAUAUAAAUAUAAUAAUGCCUGUUAUAUAAUCUUUGUAAAAGACAUUGAGGAAAAAGACGCUUGAAGGUUUCAUCAUGACUUGUUAACAUAUCAGACUCUUUUUAAUAGAAAAAGUAAUCACUUUAUCUUUACUAGAAAUGUGAAGAAAUCGAAACAUUUCAUUAAAUAGAUUUGAAAUUCAUGUUUAUAUGAUGUUCAGUUUUUUCAUUCACUGGUUCACUAAUAGAAGCAUCUUUAAUGCUUUGUUUUUUUUGUAGUUUAUUAUUUGUGUCAUUAGAAUGAAUACCUUUUGGGUUGGGGAGUAACAGAAUACAUGUAAUU